GAAUGUCAUUCUCAAAGCAAACAGAUGAGCCAACAAGUCAACAUCAGCUGCCCAUGUGUCUGGUUUAGGCUCUAGUGAAGAAGACGUAAACAUGACUAGCUCACAUAGAAUUCUUAUUAAAGGUGGUAAAGUAGUCAACGAAGAUGUCACCCAAACCGGAGAUGUGUACAUUGAAGAUGGGAAAAUUGUGGCGGUCGGAUUAAACCUACCUGUACCCGAUGGCGCGCGGGUCAUUGAUGCAAAUGGAAAGUUGGUGUUACCUGGAGGCAUUGAUACACACACGCAUAUGGAGUUGGCAUUUAUGGGCACCAAAGCUGUGGAUGACUUCAACAUAGGGACACAGGCUGCGGUGGCCGGGGGAACCACCAUGAUCUUGGACUUUGUGAUCCCCCAGAAAGGAGCAUCCCUGCUGGAGGCCUACGAGAAGUGGAGGGCCACGGCCGACGCCAAAGUCUGCUGUGACUACUCCCUCCAUGUCGCCGUCACCUGGUGGGCCGAGGCGGUCAAAAAAGAAAUGGAGACUCUUGUUCGCGAGAAAGGCAUCAACUCAUUCAAAAUGUUCAUGGCCUACAAAGGAGUCUUCAUGCUUCAGGACGACGAGCUGUAUUCGGCCUUCUCACAGUGCAAGGACAUUGGUGCCAUAGCUCAAGUCCAUGCGGAGAAUGGGGAUUUGAUUGCUGAGGGUGCCAAGCGGAUGCUUGCCCUGGGCAUCACGGGGCCGGAGGGCCACGAGCUGUGCCGCCCCGAGGACGUGGAGGCGGAGGCCACCCAGAGAGCCAUCACCAUCGCCCACGCCGUCAACUGCCCCCUCUACGUGGUGCACGUCAUGAGCAAGUCCGCUGCCAAGGUGGUGGCCGGAGCCCGGCGCAGCGGUCGUGUGGUUUUCGGGGAGCCAAUAGCGGCAGGUCUGGGCACGGACGGCACCCACUACUGGAGCCAAGAUUGGUCCCACGCGGCCGGUUUCGUCAUGGGCCCCCCUCUCAGGCCGGACCCCAGUACCCCAGGAUACCUUAUGGACCUGCUGGCCAAUGAUGAUCUGAGUGUCACGGGCACAGACAACUGCACUUUCGACAUAUGCCAGAAGGCUCUCGGGAAAGACGACUUCACCAAAAUCCCCAACGGCGUAAAUGGCGUGGAGGACCGCAUGUCUGUCAUCUGGGAGAAAGGAGUGCAUAGUGGGAAAAUGGAUGAAAAUCGAUUUGUGGCUGUUACAAGUACCAACGCUGCGAAGAUCUUCAACCUUUACCCCCAGAAAGGCCGCAUUGCCCCAGGCUCAGACGCAGACCUGGUCAUAUGGGACCCCAAAGCCACCAGGACCAUUUCAGCCAAGACUCACCACCAGGCCGUGAACUACAACAUCUUUGAGGGGAUGGUGUGUCAUGGCGUUCCCGUGGUGACCAUCUCCAGGGGGAAGGUGGUGUAUGAGAAUGGGAAGGUGCUGGCCAAGCCUGGAGAAGGCCGAUUCAUCCCCAGGAAACCCUUCGCCGAGUUUGUGUACAAGAGGGUGAAUCAGAGACAAGAGGUGGGGGUACCGUCCGCUGUCAGCCGACCACCGUAUGAUGGAGACGUCAUCUGUCUAGCUCAAAACGGGAAGCCCUGAAGACUAAAUUGACAGGUACACAACACCAGGUAAGCCAUACAAAUGAAGGGCGCCAGAGAGAAUGGUUUCACACGUUGGACCUCUGCAUCUCUGGACCAAAGGCAACAUACAGUAUUUUUAGAGAUCCCAUAUUGUUCAAAGCUGACUGUGUAGAUAGAAUGAAAUAGAAUGCUUGAGGGUAGGAGGCCCUAACAGACUUCUUCUUUUCAAAUUCAUUGUAUAAAAUCAUGACCAAUUAUAUUCUUAAAUUGCAUUAAAAACACUGUAUAGCUUGUGUAAAAUGGCAUAAGACAACGCUUUAAGAAUUAUAAUUGCAAAGAGCUACAUUAUAUUAGCGAUAUAUAUAUAUAAUAAUCUCAUUAUUAUUACGGAGUGUCAAAUGAAUAAAAUGUGAAGUAUAUAA